AAAAGAUCUCGGAAAAGACGACAAUCACAAGUUAAACAUUUUCGCGCGCAGAAACUGGGUCAUUAAUAUUUAAAUAUGGCAGCCUCCUGGAGCUGGUCGCACAAACUAUGCCGUGCACUUCUUAUACGUUGUCCGACAGCCAAAAAUGGCAAACCUUUCAAACCACACACUGUAUCUAGGGCUUUCAGUAUUAGUCAUACCUACCAAAGUGAUGACAGAACCCAACAUUUCCAGCCUCAAAGUGCCCCUAUGCUGCCAGCUGGGGCCUUCUCAGGAAAGGUAGCGAUUGUUACAGGUGGGGGCACUGGGUUGGGGAAGGGCAUGGCUGCCAGGCUCUCGGAACUGGGGGCACAGGUGGUGAUAGCUAGCAGAAAUUUUGAAGCGCUGCAGAAGACUGCAGAAGAAAUUGCAGACAAAACAAAUAACAAGGUCUUUCCUAUACCAAUGAAUGUGCGAGAUCCAGAAAGUGUAAAGGCCGCCAUAGAUAAAAUGGAGGAAGUGUGCGGACUGCCUCAUGUUGUGAUAAACAAUGCGGCAGGAAACUUCAUCUCCCCCACAGAGAGGCUGUCGCCCAAUGCAUGGAAAACGGUGGUGGAUAUUGUGCUGAAUGGAACAGCUAACGUCACACUGGAUGUAGGAAAGCGAUUGAUCAAAGCUAAGCAGGGUGCAGCUUUUCUUGCUAUCACUGCCACCUACACUAGUAGCGGCUCUGGAUAUGUUGUGCCCAGCGCAGCUGCCAAGGCUGGUGUAGAGGCCAUGACUACCUCCCUGGCAGCAGAGUGGGGAAAGUAUGGGAUGAGGUUCAACUGUAUAGCUCCUGGACCAAUUAAAACUAAGGGUGCCUUCAGCAGAUUGGACCCAACUGGUGAGUGGGAAAAAAUGAUUGAAAAAAGGAACCCCACGAGACGUCUCGGAGAAAUAGAAGAACAUGCCAACCUUGCCAGUUAUGUUGUCAGUGACUUUGCCAGUUGGUUAACAGGAUCUGUCAUUCGUUUUGAUGGAGGAGAAUUCCCUUCUUUGGCAGGAGAGUUCAACAGCAUGGACAUGAUUCCCCCUGAGCAGUGGGAUAUGUUGGAGCAGUUAAUUAGACAGACAAAGGGGUCUUAAGCCUGUGCAAUACUUUAAACAACU